CCGGGCGGGCCCGAGGUGCCGGGGGUGGGGGGGGGGGCAACAAUGGGCCAGUUCCUGGUGCGUCACGAGGGAGUUCCUUAAAGGGGAAGCGAGCGGAGCGGCCGCGCGGACGUGGGGUGCGGCGGGCGGCGGGGCAGGCCCCCCGCGCUUUAGGAGAAUGCCCGCGGCGCCCGCGCGACCAUGCGAUGGCGAGCGCUCGUCCUGGGGCUGCUGCUCCUCCGGCUGGGCCUGCACGGCGCGCUGUGGCUCGUCUUCGGGCUGGGGCCCAGCAUGGGCUUCUACCAGCGCUUCCCGCUCAGCUUCGGCUUCCCGCGCCUGAGGGGCCCCGACGGCGCCGGCUCCCCCGCCCCGGGGCGCGCGGGCCGGCUCGGGGCGCCGUCGGGGCCGUCCUGGCUGCAGCCGCCGGGCCCCGGGGCGGCGGGGACGGCGGCGGAGGGGGCGCGGCGGCGGCGGGGGGCUGCGCGGCGGCCGGCGCCGGGCGUGUGCGGCCCGGCCCACUGGGGCUACGUGCUGGGCGGCCGGGGCCGGGGCCGGGACGAGUACGAGCAGCGCUACAGCGGCGCCUUCCCGCCGCAGCUGCGCGCCCAGAUGCGCGACCUGGCGCGCGGCAUGUUCGCGUUCGGCUACGACAACUACAUGGCGCACGCCUUUCCCCAGGACGAGCUCAACCCCAUCCACUGCCGCGGCCGCGGGCCCGACCGCGGGGACCCAUUAUCAAUCCCUGGAACACAGGGACUGUUUCUUAUAGUACUUCUGUGCCUACACAGCACCAGUUCAAAUCUGAACAUCAAUGAUGUCCUAGGGAAUUAUUCACUGACUCUUGUUGAUGCGUUGGAUACACUUGCAAUAAUGGGAAAUUCAUCCGAGUUCCAGAAAGCAGUCAAGUUAGUGAUCAACACAGUGUCAUUUGACAAAGAUUCCACCGUCCAAGUCUUUGAGGCCACGAUAAGGGUCCUGGGAAGCCUGCUUUCUGCCCACAGGAUAAUAACUGACUCCAAGCAGCCCUUUGGUGACAUGACCAUCAAGGAUUAUGAUAAUGAGCUACUGCACAUGGCCCACGACCUGGCUGUGCGGCUCCUCCCUGCCUUUGAAAACACCAAGACAGGCAUCCCCUACCCUCGGGUGAAUCUCAAGACAGGCGUUCCUCUUGACAGCAAUAAUGAGACAUGCACGGCCGGCGCGGGUUCCCUCCUGGUGGAGUUUGGGAUUCUGAGCCGACUGCUGGGGGAUUCCACGUUUGAGUGGGUGGCCAGGCGAGCUGUGAAAGCCCUUUGGAACCUGCGGAGCAACGAUACAGGAUUGUUAGGCAACGUUGUGAACAUUCAGACGGGCCAUUGGGUCGGAAAGCAGAGUGGCUUGGGUGCUGGACUGGACUCCUUCUAUGAAUACCUCUUGAAAUCUUACAUUCUCUUUGGCGAAAAAGAAGACCUAGACAUGUUUAAUGCUGCGUAUCAGAGUAUUCAGAACUACUUAAGAAGAGGUCGGGAGGCCUGUAACGAGGGAGAAGGGGACCCGCCCCUCUACGUCAACGUGAACAUGUUCAGCGGGCAGCUGAUGAACACAUGGAUUGACUCUCUGCAGGCCUUCUUCCCUGGACUGCAGGUUCUGAUAGGAGAUGUGGAGGAUGCCAUCUGCCUGCAUGCCUUCUACUAUGCCAUAUGGAAGCGCUACGGGGCCCUCCCCGAGAGGUACAACUGGCAGCUGCAGGCCCCUGACGUGCUCUUCUACCCGCUGAGACCCGAGCUGGUGGAGUCUACGUAUCUCCUCUACCAGGCAACCAAGAAUCCCUUCUACCUCCACGUAGGAAUGGACAUUCUGCAGAGUCUGGAAAAGCACACAAAAGUCAAGUGUGGCUAUGCGACGCUGCAUCACGUCAUCGACAAAUCCAAAGAGGACCGGAUGGAGAGCUUCUUCCUCAGCGAGACCUGUAAAUACCUGUAUCUGCUCUUUGAUGAGGAGAAUCCAGUACACAAAUCUGGAACCAGAUACAUGUUUACAACUGAGGGACACAUUGUAUCUGUGGACAGACAUCUUCGGGAAUUGCCCUGGAAGGAGUUCUUUGCUGAAGAGGGAGGGCAGGACCAGGUGGGAAAGUCUGGGCACAGGCCUAAACCUCAUGAGCUAAAAGUCAUCAACUCCAGCUCCAAUUGCAAUCGUGUUCCUGAUGAGAGGCGAUACUCCCUGCCUUUAAAGAGCAUCUACAUGCGACAGAUUGACCAGAUGGUUGGCUUGAUUUGAUCUGCUCUCCCCUGUGUGGCCUCAUCUGAAAUUGGACCUAAAACAGCUGAACCCAGGCCAGGCCAAGACCCAGUCCGAAGUGGAGGAGGAUGGGAGUCUGGCCAUCCACAAUGGUGUAUGAAUCUCUAUCCAGCUCUCCACCCUCAUCUGGUAGAUCCUUGCGUACUUUAGUGUUCUCUUCUGUUCAGUAAAUAUACCAUAUUUGUCUUAAGGAUAUACUUUGAAGUGAGAAGGUACACAGAAGUUGGCUUCUUACAAGGUGCAGGUGUUACUGUGCACCGUGGAUGGCCCUCUUUGGCUGGAGCUUCAGAGCUUCCUCCUUUGGAAUCCGUCGAGUCUGCUCGGCCGGCUCGCGUGACUGCCGUCUGGCGACCUCUCCACCAGAGGACUGUGAAUGAAUGUCUGUGCAGCGGGGCCUGCAGUUCCCCCGACAUCCCUGUUUAUUGCCUUCUGUCAUCCUCUCUCUCUUAUUGGAUAAUUGGGCUCUCUCCCAGGUCUCCACCCACGAUUGUCAGUCACGUGGGGAAAAGUCAUCCAGUUCUGCAUUAGCGCCGCAUGUAAUCGUCACGGUGUUACAGAUUAUUUGCUCACGAAUUUAUCCGAAUUCUAACAGGCAGUCUUUUCAGUUGACGCAUCACAGUUUAAGAGCUUAACAGGUAGAUCUUUUGGAUGGUGUUCUGCAUGUAUCGUGAACUCACCUGAGGAUCUCCCAUAGUUUCAGAACCAGGUGCCUUUUAGGGAGAGAAAAAUACCUAUAAUCGUCUGAGCUUCCAUCUGUCUUAUAUUUGCUAACCAAGGAUUCUCAAUUCUGACUGUUGGGAUUGGAAUUGUUUUGUUUUUGUUUUCUGUGUCUAGUGCCAAUUAGCUAAGUCAGGGAGAAAGAAAUGAUCAGAUGACUUUCUGGCAUCCUUGAGCCGUUUCUCUGUGUAAUCCAGGCUCUUGAUUAGUGCCUUAUACUCUUGGUUUGGGCCACUGGAUGUCACAGCUGCUGCUAUGAUAUUAACAGCCUUGUUUCGUAUUGCUACCUUGUGGGACCACAGCAAAGGGGGCAUGGGAUGAGUAUCGGGUAGAUUCUGGAAACUUCUUGGCCACUCCUUGCCUUUCAGCCUGAUAUUUUAAGCAAGCACAUGUAAGGAGGAAGUUGUACUGAAAUGUCUCUUUUCUUUGCUGUUAUCAUGUCCUUAGCAAGAACGGAACUGUGUCUCUUUGAACUCGUACAGAGUGCUCAGAGGAAACAGGUGGUUUGAACCCCGAGCUUUGGCUUCCCUGUAAUAUCAGAGGUUGAAAUGAAUGUCAGUAGAAAGGGUAGGCAGUCUCUUAAAAACCUCCAACUUCACCUGUCGUGUGGCUCACCCGUCACUGCUAGCAUACGUCAAAUGAUUUUAUUUUAGUUUUUUUAAAGCUAGAAGGGAGCACUGCGUAAGCCAUUGCAUUUUCAAUCAAAAGAAAGGAAUGUUAUUCUUCUUGAAAAUUUAAGUAUUACUGUUUUUUAAAAUAGAUAUCUAAUUCAGUUCUUCGAGGUUUUUAGGAAAGGGGUUUUCAGGAAUAAAUGUCACCUCUGUCUUUUAAACAUUUAUUGUGCAAAUUGUUUUAAAGGAAAAAAAAAUCAAAUGCUUCUAUUUUGCGUUUUUUCUUCAUUUCAGAAGCAUUCUGUUUAUCAACAUUGUCUCAUAUACUAAAUAGAAAAUUUUCUUUGAGAAUACUAUGUAUGUUUUAAAUAUUUUCAUUGCCUUAGUAAAACCAAAAUAUCCCAUUUUAAGUACACAUACACACACACACAAGCAUCCCUGCACCUCUUCUCCAGGUAAACCAAGGUGGGGCGAUAAAUGAGCCGUUUGGGAGAAUGGGGCACCUCAGGGAAGAAAGUGGGCCCUUUGUGAUCACACUGCUGUGUCAUCACAUCCCCCCUCUGGGCUCAGGCAUCCCGUCCCCCUCCCGUUCUGGAACAGGGACCUGGGCCUGCGUGCCGCAGAGGCACCUCGGGGCUACAGGCUGACGUGAGACACGUUUUGCAUUAAGCCUCAGAACUUCUUGGCUUCCAGGCACUGAACUUGUACCAGUUGUGAGUCCGAGGGUGAGUGAUUGAUUCUAACCAUGGUUGUUGAGCUUCCAGACUGCCCAUUCUAAAGCUGGAUGCUGUGUAGUCAGUGGCUAGAUGCCAGAAUGCCCGUCUCGUGCUAGUUAUGGAGAAGGUUCUUUGAGCCACGUUCAAAACUUGCUUUCUUUUUGAAGGUCAGAAUGUCAACAACUGUGAUAUAUCCUGCAGGGUCUUUGCUGUUCCUGCUGCUCUGUGUUGUGAGAGGUCAGAGAGGGGAGGGCUGAGGAGAGGAGUGUCAGGGAAAUUCCUUUGCCCUGGGAACACCCUGAUUCCAAAUAGUCCACGCUUUGGAACAGCUGAGAGCCUGCACCAUCCUUGCAUUCCUGUGUGUAGCUGGUGUCUAGACUCCGCUUCAGUGGACACUAUGAAAAUGGUUUUGCCCAACCUUUGGGAGAAGCUAGCAUUCAGCUGCCUUUGUGGGUGGAGUCUAAACCUCCCAGCACAGAUUCGUAAAUGGUUCCAGGGCCAGCUUCGCUGGUUGAGGUGGUGUGACUGAGGAACUCCAUCUCCUGGAGGAGGAGGCGACAAAGGGAGUGUUUGCUAGCUCUCCAAUUGUGCUGGCCUUGGUCGAAUACCAGCUUCUGUGUUCAGAUCUUCCCUUCAGAACUUUCGAAUCAUCUGUCGGAACUCACACUGUGUGACUGAAUCCCCAGGUUCUGAGGCUGUCCUGGAUCAUGGAGGGGUGCAUACUUCCCUUCAGUAGUUUUCUAGGUAUUUCUGCACCAGGAUGGUUGUCUGUGCCGAUGGAAACUAGAGUCUCUGGCUCCCUGGCUGGAUAAGCACAGUGGUGCAGUCUGAGGGUAUCAGCUUGAUUCCUCUCUCACCUCCUGCCCUGUGUCCCCCACCAAAGAAAAACACCACUCUCAGCCAUUAGCUCAGUUUACUGAAUGAUUGCAAACUAUAAUCCUUCACUUUGGAUUUUGUAGAUAAAACACCAGACAUUCCUUUUUUCCAGAGGUCUUUUUUUGCUGAUUGCAAAUUUAAUGCUGGUGAGCAGGUCGGGCCAGAUGAUUGCCUGAGCAGCUAGGGACUUUAGAGAAAAAAAAACAAAAAAUCUUGAUCUUUCUUUCCUUUUCCAUUCCCAGACAUCCAACUCCUUCUCUAGUGCCUGUUCCUGCAAAGCAGGGACUCUUGUGAAAGUGAGAAGGUGGGUUGGCUGGGCUGUGUGUCCCCAGGUUUUGCAAGGCUCAGGGUUGUGUUGCAACUUGAAUUUGGUUGUGAAUCUGGUGAGAAUGUUAAGUACCUGUGGACCUUCCUGAUUCUUUACCCCCCUUCCCUCUUACUGAGAGGCAGAGAAAUAAUAUUUUUAAAGGUAUUUUGUUUUAGUUUUAAAUAGCAAAACACAAGCUGCAUUUUUAUUUAUUAUGCACAAGAAGGGUAAAUCUGUUUUUACAAAAAAACUCUAGAGUUGGAAACUCUGGGAAAACCUAUUGAAAUAUACAAAUGCUUCUCUCUGUAACGUGCAAUAUGCUUUGCAACUAUAGAUGAUAUUUUAUGUUUAAUCUGUAAAUAAGAAAUGUAUUUAAAUUAAAAGGGAGCUUUUUUGGUAAAAGGACCAAAUGUUCUUUUAUAAAUGUGCUCAGAAAUAUCUUUCUCUUUGAAAUUUAUUAGGAUUUUUAUGAGUAAUUUUA